ACAUCUGAAAGUUUUAAACCUGUGAUCGCCGUAGACGAUGCGAAGCAAGACUGGGGGUUCCUCCAACAUUUGGAAUAAAGACAAAUUCCACAUCAUGGACUGCUUCAGACAGAGACAGAUUUAGGAUUUUGCUGCUGACAGAGGGCAUUCUCUGUCACAUUUUUAUUUAAUGGAGGGUAGAUAUAUAGUUGAGGUAGGGCAUGGUAAAAACAUAUACUAAGCGCUGCAAAAAUUUUGAAAUACAUGGGGUAAUAGGCAUUAUUUUUCCCAGCACAGCAUAUUGCUUUAGUGUUUAUGAGAAAAAUGAAGUGUCAAAGGGCUUCUUUGAAGAACAAGUGUUACCUUUAGGAGCAGACCUGCUGUUCUGCACCAGAUGACAAAGGUUUCUACUGCCUGCGAAAGUGAGGACCCCUGCUAAAAUUUCACUGUGGAAGUACUAAUCGUGUUGGGAUUAUUGCCAGCAACAGGAGCUCGUAGUGUUGGACUUGUUUUCAUUGAAUCCUCUACUAAGUGUUAGCUAUUCCUUCUGGUUUGUACACUGCUCAAGGAAUGAAGCACCCUGUUCACUGACCCCGAGCUGUCCCACCCUACCCUCUGCCCUUGCCCGUGGGACUCGGUGACCAUGCUGACCGAGUGUCAAACACCAGAAAGAUCAGAGCCCCGACCCACGCUCAGGCCUGCUGUAACCUCUGCAGCACCAUGUCUCAGGCAGUCGUGGCUCCACUCGAGACCAACAGCUCAUGGCCAGGAGAAGAGUCUGAGGCUCAUCUGAAAUGGGCUGCCUUGCUUAUUGUCAUGGUCAUCAUCCCCACUAUCGGAGGCAAUAUCCUGGUCAUUCUUGCUGUGUCGCUUGAGAGAAAGUUGCAGAAUGCUACAAACUAUUUUCUGAUGUCGCUUGCUGUGGCUGAUCUACUGGUGGGACUCCUAGUGAUGCCUAUUGCCCUUGUCACUGUUCUCUACAAUGCUGGCUGGCCUCUUCCAGAGUUCCUGUGCCCCAUUUGGCUCUUCCUCGAUGUGCUGUUUUCUACUGCAUCCAUUAUGCACCUAUGCGCCAUUUCACUGGAUCGUUACAUUGCCAUCAAGAAGCCAAUCCAGCACAGCCAGUACAAAUCCAGAGCCAAAGCAGUCUUAAAGAUUGCACUGGUGUGGCUCAUAUCCAUUUGUAUUGCAAUCCCAAUUCCAAUUAAGGGGCUAAAGAACUAUCACCUUCCGAACAACAUCACCUUCAACAGUAAUCACACAUGCCUGCUAAAGACUGACACCUUCCGGGAGUUUAUCAUGUUUGGCUCCUUGGCAGCGUUCUUCAUCCCUUUGACCAUAAUGAUGGUCAUCUACCUGCUUACUGUCCAUGUGCUGCGCAAAAAGGUUUACUUGCUCAGGUCAAAGGUGACUCAGCGCUUUAGCUGCCAAACAAUCUCUACAGUUUUUCAAAGGGAACAAGCUGCAGCCUCACUUCAAGUUGAACAACAAAACAUGCUGGACAGCAGACUUCCCAGGAUCCAAGAAAACCCAAAUGCAGGCACAACAAACUCUCCCACAAGAGAUCCAAUCUCUUUUCGUAGAAUGUCAACAAUGGGCAAGAAGUCAAUGCAGACUCUGAGCAAUGAGCAGCGUGCCUCAAAGGUGUUAGGCAUUGUCUUCCUCCUGUUUGUUGUCAUGUGGUGCCCUUUCUUCAUUACUAAUAUCACCUCUGUGCUCUGCACCAGCUGUGAUGCUAAUGUAAUUACCCACCUCAUGGAGAUCUUUGUUUGGGUGGGUUAUGUGUCAUCGGGUAUCAACCCGCUGGUCUACACCCUUUUCAACAAAACUUUCAGACAGGCGUUCACACGUUACAUCACCUGCAAUUACAAAGCCUGUGCUAGUAAUGGGCUAGGAAGACACCCAAGGGCCUUGAUUGCAGAACGGACCCUUACACGGAUUUCAUUAAGGUCUUCCAUGGCAGAAAACUCUAAACUGUUCAUGAAGCGGGGAAUGAAAAAUGGCAUGGGAGCAGUGAGUUACCAAAGUCCAGUAAGGUGCCGGCCAGCACCCAUACAACCAUCCAGCGGUGGUAUGUUAGACUCAAUGCUUCUGACAGAAAAUGAAGCGUGUAAUAAGCACGAGGAACAUGUUAGCUGUGUAUAGAGCUACUUGGGGAAAAGAAAAAAUAAAAAUAAAAAUCCAAUUAAAAAGGAAGCCGCUGAAGAGGAUCAGAUUUAUAGAGUGAAUGUUUUAACUCUUUGAAGACAGACACCAAAAAAGGGAUGAUUGUAACCUGCUAUUGCUCUCAGUUUGAUCAACAAUUAAUUUAAUGCCAGUGCUUAGUGUACACCACACAACAACAAAAUCUUACCAGUUGUCUGAUGUUGCUUUGUUUACAUCAAAUGUUUUAACGGGAAAAAAAACAAGGAAAUUUCUUCAAGUAUGUCAUUUAGGAAACAAGUCUAACUCCUUAUCAAAAUAUUACUCUGUGGGCCAUAUUAAUAUGAAUUCUUCAAGACAACAAAACAUUUUGUAACAUACACAACACAACAUACACUAACUAAACUUAAGAUAGCCUGCAAGGGGUAAAUUAUAAAAAAAUAAAAAUAAAAAGAUACACGCACGAUGAUAUCCCCUGUGAAAGGUCCAAAGUCAACAGACUUUAAUCAACCAGACAAAAACAUGAGGAAUGAAGACUUCGUGCUGACCUGGAAACCCACUGAAUGCAGUAUACGGGGUAUUCCUUUGCUGAUCUUUUUAACUCUGGCUAUUUAAAUAUGCUGUAAACCAUCUCAUGCUUAUAUUUUGUUAAGACAGCCACAGCUCUGCCUUCCAAAGCUCUUCUACCAACUGACACAGAGAACAGACUGCACUCUAAAUGAUACUUAAUGUAUUUACUGGAUCACUGGAAAGUGCUCUUGUAUAUGUAUUACAGCCUGAUAUUUUGACAUGUUAGAGGUUUCCAAAUGAAAGGCUGAACA